AUGGCUCCAAGCAAAAUCCGAAAAGCCCUUGGCGCGGUCAAGGACAAGACCAGCAUCAGCCUAGCCAAGGUCAACAGCAACGCCCUGUCCGACCUCGACGUCGCGAUCGUGAAGGCCACACGGCACGAUGAGCAGCCGGCCGAGGAGAAGCACAUCAGAGAGGUCAUCAACCUUACUAGCUACUCCAGAGCUUACGUUAGCGCCUGCAUUAACAUGCUCUCGAAACGUCUCAACAAGACUAAGAACUGGACGGUGGCGCUCAAGACACUCAUCUUGAUACAUAGGCUCCUCUUGGAGGGCGACUCCGCCUACGAGAAAGAGAUCUUCUUCGCCACCCGUCGGGGCACCAGGCUUCUCAACUUGUCGGACUUCCGGGAUGGCUGCCACUCCAACUCCUGGGACUACUCCGCCUUUGUGCGAACCUAUGCGCUGUACCUUGAUCAGCGGAUCGAGUUUCGAAUGCAGGGUAAGCGCAGCCGGAGUAAGGCAGCUAGAAAAGAAGUCGCCGGCGAAGAGCCCAAGGCACCUACGUCCCUGCGCUCCACUCCGGUCCGUGAGAUGAAGACGGAGCGCAUCUUUAACAGGAUUCAACACCUGCAACAGUUCCUCGAGCGUUUUCUGGCAUGUCGGCCAACAGGCGAGGCCAGGACCAACCGGAUAGUGAUCGUCGCUCUGUACCCAGUUGUAAAAGAGAGCUUCCAGAUAUACUACGACAUAGCAGAGGUAGUGGCCAUCUUGGUAGAUCGGUUUAUGGAGUUUGAGGUCCCGAACUGCGUGAAGGUGCAUGAGAUCUUCACCCGGCUAUCAAAACAGUUCGAGGAGCUCGAUAAAUUCUUCAGUUGGUGUAAGUCGGUUGGGGUUGCUCGUUCGUCGGAGUACCCAGAAGUUGAAAAAAUAACCUCGAAGAAGCUCCAAUUCAUGGACGAAUUAAUUCGUGACAAGUCCAUCAUUAGCCAGAGCAGGAAAAUCAGGAACCAGGAGAUACAGACGGUAAUAGUGGAAGAACAAACAGAAGAAGACGAAGAAGUUGUAGAAGACAUGACGACGACUAAAGCUCUGCCGCCACCAGAGGAAUCCUCUGAAGACAUAGUUGAAGAAGUGAAGGAAUUGGAGGUAGUGCAGGAGAGCAACGAACAACAAGAAGUAGAUUUGUUGAAUUUAUUUGACGAGUCUGUUACAGUCGAAGAUCAAGCAGACAAAUUGGCUCUAGCCUUGUUUGAUGGCGGUUGUGCAUCAGCAUCCUCAGAGCCUGCGGCAGCCACUCCAUGGGAAGCAUUCAAUUCAGACGAUUCGACGGACUGGGAGACGGCGUUAGUUGAAUCAGCAAGCCAUCUAUCGAACCAGAAGAUGGAGCUUGGGGGUGGUUUCAACAUGUUGAUGCUUGAUGGAAUGUAUCAACAGCAAGCGGCCUCGAACGCGACCAUGAGUCACUAUGGAGCCACCGGGAGUGCAAGCAGUGUGGCGUUUGGCUCAGUUGGAAUGCCGGCAAUGUUGGCAUUGCCGGCACCUCCGGCUUCUGGGGAUGAUGCUACAGCCACCACAUCUGGUGGGGACCCGUUUGCAGCUUCUCUCUCGGUGUUGCCACCUUCUUAUGUGCAGAUGUCGGAGAUGGAAAAGAAGCAGAAGCUACUGGUGGAGGAGCAGCUAAUGUGGCAACAGUAUGCAAAAGAUGGAAUGCAAGGGCACGUUCCAGGGACGAAUUUACAGGUUAGCCCUUACAACGUAGGGGGUUGCACCCCCAGGUUAUAAGGGCUUUGGCUGUUUAUAUAGGACACUAACGUGUUUUGAGAAAGGACGAGA